AUUCAUUUUCUCAGCUAAGAUUUAUAAUAAUCAUAUCCUAUUUGUCAUAUUAUUACCAACUUAAUGCAAAAUGUAUAGUUUACGUACAAAAUUUGUAUGUGGCAUAAUCAUACUGAUGGGCACAGUUCAUUGCUCCCAUACAUCGGAUAUGGUACUCUGCGCUGAUAUGUGUCCAUCAUCGACUUUAGUAUCUCCAGAUGGUGUAGGCAUCUCUAAGUGUUAUGACAUCUGCAAAAGGCUCAUACAUCGGGUGAGAUAUGGUGACCUUUUGGACACUGUUAAAAAUGAUAAAGUUAAAGCACCUAAAGAAAGCGCGUUCAGACGAAUUCGUCAAGGAUUAGAAAACAUAAGACAGGGGAAGCCUAAAACAGAUUCUGUUGGACCUUGAUGUUCUGUCGUCAGGCACUUAAAAAUCGUU